AUGGACUUCCUCACAUUGUAUGUGGUAAUUUUAAUUGGCUUUGGUUUGUGUUUCAUCGUCCAAACCGGUGUGACGAUUCUGUCCUUCUCGCAAGUUUCCUUACGGCAGAAGUACCCGCUCUUCUUGAUGACAUUCAUGGCAAAGUGCGGCAUCAGCUUUGGUGGCUUCAUGCGCUCAGCCGUCUAUAUACAGCUUAUUCGUCUGAAUAUGUUUUGCACGAAGAUCGCCUUGUACGAAUGCUUCUACCACGUGCAUGGCAUCGUCACUGAGUUGUCGUUCUUCUACCACGCAGAGAUGUCCUUACUGGUCGCCAUCGAAUGUCUUCUCGUGAUUCUAGGCGAAAAGAACUAUGAGCAAUGGUGGAGGCCGUUUUUCUCCUGGUACACUGGAGUUUUUUUCUUCUUGCUCAACCUGGUAGUUUUUUGGGUCUGCAUACUCCACCAAACUACCAUGGGAUCAGCUUUUGUGUACAACCAUUGCAAGCUGCAGCUAUACAGUGUGCAAUUGCCAAUGAGUGGCUAUAUUUCUUUUUUGCUGUUCUGUCAAACAAUGACCAUCAUAAUCUGCACCUUCACGGUGUGGCUAAUUUUGAAAAAGCGACGCCUGCUGUCGCACCAGUGCGGGCCAAAAUGGCAUGGUGAACCCGGCGCCACUUGGGACAGAGAAAUGAAUAUCAGUUUAUAUAACUUGGUAGUAGCUUUUCUGCAUCUGCUCUACUAUGGAAUAACACGAUACACUUUUGCGGUACUUCCGAAGACAAAGAGCGCCCGCCUACUCUCGGAAAAAUUUUCUGAAGGCAUUCUCAUUCAGGAUUUAGCCAGUAUGAGUGAAAUGUUUAUAACUGUUUCUUUCAUCCUAAUGACUCCUGUUUACUCCCUGUUGGUAAUUUUUUUUCGAGGAAAUGUAGAUAACAUCAUUGAGCUUGGACAUGCCCUUGAUGGUGAGUAA